AUGAUCACACAGAACAGACUGCUCUCGCUGCCUCACCUGCUCGCCCUGCACCCCAAGGUGCAUGCUGUGUUGGCAUGGGUAUCACAGGGCAGGAGUGCUGUGGGCCGGUGGCAUGUGAAGCUAGUGGUGAUCGACAGUGUCACAUUCCAUUUCCGCCAUGGCUUCACAGACAUGGGUCUGCGCUCGCGCCUGCUGGCCUCCAUGGCGAGAGAGCUGCUUGCCAUUGCCGAUGAGCACAACGUGGCUGUGGUGUUGGUGAAUCAAGUCACAACCAAGGUGGAGGGCGAGGUGUCCCGGCUUGUUCCUGCUCUUGGCGAGAGCUGGGCGCACGCGUGCACCAAUCGCGUGAUCCUCUUUUGGAGCGGGGGACAGCGAUUCGCUCACCUCUUUAAGUCACCCUACCUGCGGGCGGGCACCGCUCCCUUUACAGUCACAUCUGAGGGCGUCAGGUCACUGCAAGAUGCACACAAGAGGCAGCGAGUGGAAGGGAGUGAAAGGGGUCUGUUGUUGCAAGGUCCGGGUGGUCACUAG